AUGGACGGUAAUUCAAAGAUAAAUAACCAUGAACAUACAGAAAAUUUGAAUGAUGCGAUCAUACAAAAAUACAAAAUAUGGGUUGAUUUGCCUGAAACAAGAAAUAUUUUAAGUACAUCUGUGAGUAGAAGUUUUAUUAAUAUUCCGUAUGAAAAUUACAAAUUCAAUUUAAGAAGAAUGAAUACAAUAGAUACAGCAGAUUUAAUCAAUAAACAAAAAUUAUGUGAAUUACCGAAAAUUGUUAACAAAAGUAUAAACAGCGAAGAAAAUAUAAAUGAUUGCAAUGAAACGGAUCAAAUUAAGAGUGUGAAUGGAGAUAUAAGAAAAAAUAAUAAUUGUAAUUUGAAUGAAAUAAAAGAAGAUAAAAAAAAAUAUAUUAAUGGAAUAAAAGUAAAAAAUCAAACAUAUUUAAAAAAUGACGACACAAAUCCAUCCUUUGGGACGCAAUUUCACGAAAAAGGAACAUGUAAUCCUUGUAGAUAUGAAUGGACACGUGGGUGUCAUAUGGGUAGAUUUUGCAGAUUUUGCCAUCAUUCUUCGCAUGUUCCAUUGGGUACAGAACGAGUAGUACCAGAUCCCAAAAUUUUAGCUACUACCAAAGUUAGACCAGAGAAUAUUUUAACUUUCAGAAAAUUUGCAAGUUAUGCAACAAGCAUGAAUUCUUUACUUGAUGCUAAUUCUCCAAAUCAUAUAUAUGAAGACAAAGUCAAAACGUACAAUAAUAGUAAAAUGAGUAGCCCAAAUAGAAAUAACAUAAAUAAUGCAAAUAAUUAUAAAAAUGGGAAUAACUAUAAAAAUAAUUCUAAUUUUAAAAAAACUAGUAAUUACAAAAGUGUAAACAAUUAUAAAAGCAUAAAAGUUUAUAAAAAUACAAACAUUUAUAAAAAUUCUGAUAAUUAUGUAAAUACAAAUAACUUAGACAAUACUGGUUAUCUUAAUUUUAAAUAUUAUAAUGAUACAAACUAUUUUAAUAAUUACGAAAAUCUGUCUAAUUGUUAUAAUAGAACAAAGCUCCUUACUAAUAAUAAGGAUAAUGAAUUUCAUAAAACAUUAGAUACUUUUUCAAAUAAUAAGGAUACAUUAAAAAAUUUUAAAGAGUUGAACUCUUUUACUAGAGAAUCCGCUUUAAAAACCAUAAAUUCUUAUCAAAGAAUCAAACUAGUUUCUUAA